AUGGACGCCACACAAAACGAAAACUUCACCAGCACCGGCAAAAGGCAAUUUCCGGCUGCUACUCUUACCACUUCGCUUGACCUGCCAAUUCCCAAACAGGGGCCAACAGUCCCCCCGUAUUAUAUUGUUGGUAACAAGCGUCGCGCCGGUCCUGCUGCUCCUCCUCCCCCUACUUUCAAGGAGGGCGAAGUAGCUACUAGUGAGCUGAUUGGGGCUUGCAUCUCCGUAAUUCCCACUACUCCGGGCUGCUGGAAAAAAGUUGCCAAUGUGUACAACAUCGGCUGUGACGCUUUUGACUAUACACGCCAGGACGGGAAGGCCCUCAGAAACCACUUCGGCCGCCUAAUUAAAACUGCUUCUUGUAAGAAGCCAGGUUGCCGGGCAACGGCCCUAGCUCAGAAAUCUGGCGUAAAAUGGAAUUUUAAUACUCCAAACAAAGAAGAGAUUCCUUCGACGCCCUAUUCUAGUUGGAUGAAGAAAAAGUUGGCAUACUCCACCGCUAAAAAAACGGAUACCACACCUGCCACGUCAAUGCCGAUACCUCCCAGCUCCAACUCCGAGGAGAACAAUCCAAUCUUACCAGCUUCGACGCCAGUAGAAACGGAGGACCAUCCUGACGAUGAGGCAAAGACGAUUGCUAAUCUACGCGAGGAUAUAGAAGCUCUUGAGGAUAGGCUCCGUGUCUCGGAGGGGAAGAGAGAUGCACUUCUAAGGGGAACUAGAAUGUUAAAGAGACAUAAUGAGUUUAUUUGUCGAGACCAGAAAGCACUUUACACUAAGAUAGCGAGAUUAGAAGGUUUAAUCACAGACCUCGAAGGGUUUGCCUCAGACCCUCAUUACGACCCUUCUAAGAACAGAAAAAUCGGCGAUCCUUCUGAGAACGAAAAAACCCUCCACCCUUCUAAGAACAAAAAAAUCGGCGAUCCUUCUGAGAACGAAAAUACCCUCCACCCUUCUAAGCGCAACAAGAAAGCCCUCGACCCUUCUGAUCAUGUCACGAGUGGUUAA